AUGGCCGAUUCUCACCCAUUGUCUAGCCCCAUGGUUGUGAGGUCUCUAGGCCUGGAGACGGAUCCGUUCGGUCCUAAGAAGGACGAUGAAGAAGUCCUUGGUCCCGAAGUUCCAUAUCUCAGUGCCAUAGGAGCUUUAAUGUAUCUGGCCAGCCACACUCGACCAGACAUAUACUUUGCCGUAAACCUACUGUCUAGGUUUAGCUCUUGUCCGACCCAAAGGCACUGGAACGGGAUUAAACAUAUUCUUCGUUACCUGCAAGGAACGAAAGACUUGGGUUUAUUUUAUACUAACCAAAGCAAAGAAGGUUUAGUUGGCUUUGCUGACGCAGGUUAUCUCUCGGAUCCACACAAUGUUCGAUCUCAGAUAGACUAUGUUUUUACACAUGGUGGUACGGCCAUAUCAUGGCGUUCCAUGAAGCAGACCAUCGCGGCCACAUCAUCCAACCAUUCGGAGAUCUUGGCUAUUCAUGAGGCCAGCCGCGAAUGUGUAUGGUUACGGUCCAUGACCAACCAUAUCCGAGUUGAUUGUGGGAUGACCGAAGGGAAAGACGCACCAACGAUCAUGUAUGAGGACAAUGCAGCAUGCAUUGCUCAGCUUAAGGACGGCUACAUCAAAGGAGACAGGACGAAGCACAUCUUGCCUAAGUUCUUCUCCACGCACAAGCUACAGAAAGCCGGCGAGGUCCAAGUAGUCCAAGUGCGUUCAAGUGACAACUCAGCUGAUCUAUUCACCAAGUCGCUUCCUACUUGCACGUUCAGAAAGCUCACGCAUCAGAUUGGGAUGCGUCGACUGAAAGACCUUCAGUGAGGUACAGAACAGGGGGAGUAAUACGUGUUGUACUCUUUUUCCUUCACCAUGGUUUUGUCCCAUUGGGUUUUCCUGGUAAGGUUUUAAUGAGGCAACAUCCAAAGCGUAUUACAAUCUCUGUAUGGAUAUGAAAUCCAAGGGGGAGUGUUAUAAACCAUAUUGUGGAUGUCCAUAACCGGCCCGGUUCCAUAACCGGCCUAUACUUAGAGAGAGAGAGGGAGUCGGCCGUGAGGAGAGAGAGUCGGCAGCUCCUUGCCUUUUCCUUCUUGGUUUAUGAUUUGUACUCUUUCCAUAUUUGUAUUUCUUUUUCUAGUCUUUCCAUUAUUCUAUGACGGUAUAAUUCCCUAUAUAUAAAGGGCUCCUUAUGUUUAAGAUUAAUAAGAAUAAGAAACUAUUCUCCUAAGUUUCACAACAGUCAUGAAGUUUUUCUUCGGUAAUGAUAUGCACUAGAUUGAAAAACAUUCAUUUUCAAAAAAAAAACGAGAAACUA